AUGGCAAAGGAAAAUUCAAUCGAUCUCAGAAGAAUCUCUGACGGCGCCGCAAAACAUUUGCACGCCCUUCAGGCAUUGAAGCGUCCCACGACGCAUUGGGACGAUAUUCUUGUCCUCAUUCUAACUUCUAAAUUUGACUCACUCACAUUACGCAAGUGGGAAACUUCCUUAACGGGCAACAAGCUGCCGUCGCUUAAACAACUGUUAGAUUUUAUCGCUCAUCGAUGUCAGAUGCUCGAGGCUACCACAAGAGCCAGCACUACUUCCGCAAAGCAGGUCGAAGCAAAAUUACAGCCAAAUGUUAAGCGGUCAUCGUCGUGUGCGGCUAUCGUUAAACCCAAAUGCCACUUCUGUCAAGGCGAUCACGUCAUUUAUUAUUGCAAAAACUUCGUGGCACUUCCGGUAUCGCAAAGGGCUGCAGAAAUUCACAGUCGCAAACUCUGCGUUAAUUGCUUGCGCUCCUCUUCUCAUGAAUCAAGUAAAUGCACCUCUGGUCAAUGCAAGGUCUGCCAAACAAAGCACAAUACGCUGCUUCAUAUGCCCUCAGCUGCGGACCCAUCGACUAACAAUACCGAUAAGAAAGUUGCAUCUAAAGAAAUUCCUCCCCCCUCCGUCGUAAGGACUCAUGCUUCAGGAUCAUUUAAUAGCGAACAAAUUAUGCUCUCGACUGCGGUUGUGCUCGUCUACGACAGCGAUGGCUCGCGCAGGGCGUGCCGAGCUUUAUUGGAUUGCGGAUCGCAAGCGAACUUUGUAUCUAAGAAAUUUGUGGAAGCGCUCGGUUUAGAAACGCGCCCAUUAAAUGUCUCGAUUUCAGGCAUGGUGACCUCGACCAGUCAUGGCUAG